GAAGCCACGGAAACGGAAGAGCGCCAACGCCAAGUUCUGUAAGUUCCGUUCCGUAAUCAGCGCGAUGUUACGCUACAUUUAUCGUGACAUUUAAAUUGACAUGUAAAACAAAUUAGUCAAAUGUAAUGUUGGAAACUGUUGAAAGCGAAUAAUGCGUUACAUGAAAUGUCUUGGUUCUUACAACGUUCCCGUUUUGGCCUGUUGUUAUUACAUAUUCAGAAAUGUAAUUGCUGCCGGCGAUUCCAACCGCAGCUUUGGAUGCAUGUACAAAUGGAGAAAUCUGCAAGAAGGCUUUCAAGAGGCGAAAAUUUCCAGGAAACCGAUAUUUCUGCUAAUUUACAAACCGGGUUGUCCGACUUGCGAGAAAUUGAAGCCUAAAUUUAAUAAUUCCAUCAGAAUCCUCGAUCUCAGUCAGCACUUUGUUAUGGUGGGAGUGAGGAAAGAUGAAAUGAUUCUCAUGCAAGAUAAAGCAAGAUUUCAGCCAGAUGGUACCUACGUUCCAAGGAUCCUCUUCUUCACUCCGGAUGGCGAAUUUAUGAAAGAUAUUUAUAAUCGUCAUCCGAAAGCCGAUAAUAAAUAUAAAUAUUUCUACAGCAGUCCGAGUCAAAUAGUAGAUAGCAUGAUUUUGGCAUUGGAACGUUGUUCCGAAAAUUCAUUAAACGAUACUUUUGAAAGAGGCAAAACGAAAAAGAAGUAACACAUUUAUCGAAUAUCAAUCUGCCGUAUAGUUGGACUUUGCCGAAAUAAAUUUAUCUUGUAUUAAAAACAUAGCAGUUUCUUAAAUAUGGUCAUAACCAUACAGCACAGAUUGAAAAACA